AUGGGAACAAAACAAAAAUUCUUUAACCAGACCGCAACGCCGACCGCGCCACUUUGCUGUCAGCCGCGGCUGGGUGCAGAGGCUGGUGCGUCCCAGCACACCAUGCGGUUCUUUCUCGUUGGGUGCGUUCACAGUGCGUUGCACCACGCUGUCGAGGCGACCGCACCGUGUCCGGACUCCACUUACCUCCACAGCCUGGAAGUGCGGCACCGCGACAGCUGUACGGCAUCUCUUGGCCCACGCGCAUCAACGAAGGAUACUUCUGCCCAACUGGAAGCCAAUCUAGCACCGCUGCGAAGGAUUGUUGGGUUCCUCGAACCCACACAGCACGAACGCCUCACAUUUCUUUGGUAUAUUGAGGAAGAGCGUGGCGCAAUCUGCUCGGAAACCAUGCCGCAGUCGAUACAUAGGAAUGCAGUGACGAGUAUUCCGCUUCCGAGAGAUGCCGUACUUAACGGAAUGCGACGCGUCUGCGGCCACAUGAGGAUCUUCCCGCACCACACCCGCGCCUCUCAUGCUGAGCACCGGAUUUUCGCCCGGGACACUGUGAGCCGCGACGGGGUGGGCGUCUUCCAGCCACGGCACGCCCAAGACGCUCCGGACGGUGUCAGACGAUCGGCCGUCGAACCGGCCCGCACAUUUCUGGGACCGCUGCACUGCCAAUUGACUCCCCGGACAGCGGAGCUCCCUGUGGGGCCUCACCGCGCAGCUGCUGGCAGCCUUGCAUGCUCCUGCCGAGCGGAGUGUCCUGCCACUGAGCAUGGCCUCAGACACUUCCCAGUUCCCCGCCUGGCAGCAGCAUCCCAAUCGCCCACACGAGUUCCUGUCGCCACAGACUCCCUCUCGGCGAUGGAAUCACUUCGCCUUGGCCCGCUGGAGGUGCACGACGACGUCGGCGAGGAGAUUUGUGCCGUGCCACUUUCACAGGCGGAUCGAGGGCACACAGGUGAAUCCACAUUUUCCCCAUUACGCCGCGGAAUUUCACGCAACGUGACAGCGGACGCUGAUGCCGUCGUGGCACGAUCCCUCCCGCAGGACUGCGUCAAUGCCUGGCAAUUGGGCUACCUCACCGCAGUGAAGCGACCGUAG